GGUCAACAGCAUGGAAUAGUCAUACCCUGUGUCACAAGGACAACACGUGAGAAAGAUAAAGGAACAGAAUCAAAAGUACCUCAAUGGCUGUUCCUCUACCUCAGUACGAUUCGGUGUUGAUGAGGGAACAUCUGUUCAGAGACACAAAUCAGCUGGAGGCGGUUCUCUCUAAGGAUACGGAUACCUUCAGACCGGUCAAAGAAGUCGGUCUAGGGCUGUUCAACUACAGGUUAGUGAACAUCGAUUUGGUAUCUGAAAGUGAAGGACUUCAAAGCACCUCGUUUAGAGAUAUCAUGGCACGUGCACUCAAAUUUACACAAGCUACCAUCAUUGAUACCAUAUUAUUUGUCCUCAUUGUAUCUCUAAUCUUACUAUUAUUUUCAUGGCUAUACCCAAAAGUUAACUUCAAAAAAAGGGGGUUUUCAAAGCAGGAAUCAGUUGAUCUAGAGAAUCAGUACAGCUCAUCAUCAAUUUCUGCGGAAAGUACCCAGUUCGAAAAAGCACAAUACUGCACGCAAUCCCCAGCUUCGUCUCUUUCGAACACGCAAGAUUCUCUCUCAUGUUUUAUGAGCUCUGCAUAUAAUGCCCCUGUGACACCCACCAGUUCUUCUGUUGAAAAGUUUAGAACUCCAAAAACUCCUGUAGGUAUGGGAGGUAUGAAUAAUUACACCAGGCUACCCGAGACUGUUGAUAGCAAGCUUUUGAUGAACCGUCUACGGAUCGAUUAAAAUAAAGCUAGAGAAAGCUCUGCCCUUUUUUCAUUUUGUCUGCAUAUCGAGCUAGCAUUUUUCUACUUUGCAAAGCAUGUACAAUGCUCAGUUCUUUGAUUUUCCUUUUAUGUUUCCAUCCCUUUCUGUUCAGAAGAACACUUAAUAUACUUGGAGUACCACCAAUCCGACUUUAAACUUUUUGCUUUGGUAGAUCUGCUUUAUGCCUAACAGGAAACGCCUCAUUUCCCCUUGUUCAAUCCCUGGCGCUCGUACCUGAUCGCGUAAAAAGGUACUACCGCCGCAGUUGCAAUCAAAAAACUUGGUCCACGUUCUUGCCGUUCCAGUUUCGAUCAGAGUUUGGCGAUCAAAAAAUUCCUAUACUGCAACGGAAAAAAUAAAGUAAUCUGAUAUCAGUGUAAAGGCCAAUUUUUUAGUCUCGUAAAACAGAAUUAACGCUUCUUAUCAGCAGAUUGUAGUUUAGAUAAGCCUCAAAAAGAAAG